GCAAGUGUGAAUGAUCUAAUGGAAUCUAAAUGUGGAAAGAAGAAGUCUAGUAGUAGUAAAUCUUUGUUUUACGAAGCUCCCCUCGGUUACAGCAUUGAAGACCUUCGACCUCACGGUGGAAUCAAGAAAUUCCGAUCUGCUGCCUACUCCAACAUGACCUUGCCAGUCUCUGCAAUUGGAUUUGAAGGCUAUGAGAAAAGGCUUGAGAUAUCAUUUUUUGAGCCUGGCCUCUUUGCUGACCCUGGAGGCAAGGGUCUCCGAUCUUUAUCCAAAAAACAAUUGGAUGAAAUUCUUGAACUAGCUGAAUGCACCAUUGUGUCAUCAUUAUCAAAUGAUCUAGUUGAUUCAUACGUCCUUUCUGAAUCUAGCCUCUUUGUGUACCCUUAUAAAAUCAUCAUAAAAACCUGUGGGACUACAAAAUUGCUUCUGUCAAUCCCACCCACUCUCAAGUUAGCAGAAAUGCUUAAACUUGCUGUGAGAUCUGUGAGGUAUACUCGUGGAAGUUUUACUUUUCCUGGGGCUCAGCCAUUUCCGCAUCGUAACUUCUCUGAAGAAGUUGCUGUCCUUGAUAGCUAUUUUGGCAAGCUUGGUGCUGGCAGCAAGGCUUACCUGAUGGGUGGUGCGGAAAAGUCGCAGCAAUGGCAUGUUUACUCUGCUUCUGCUGAAUCUGCCAACAAUUCAGACCCUGUUUAUACUCUGGAGAUGUGCAUGACGGGUUUGGACAGAAAGAGGGCAUCUGUCUUCUACAAGACUCAAUCAAGCUCUGCAGCUGUGAUGACCGAGUCCUCCGGCAUAAGGAUGAUUCUUCCGAAAUCUGUCAUAUGUGAUUUUGAGUUUGAUCCUUGCGGUUACUCUAUGAAUGCAAUUGAGAGGGAUGCAAUUUCUACUAUUCACGUAACUCCAGAAGACGGAUUCAGUUAUGCAAGUUUCGAGACAGCAGGUUAUGACUUUAAAGUUAUGGAUUUGGCCCAACUGCUUGAGAGGGUGGUAGCUUGCUUCGAACCAACUGAGUUUUCUGUAGCUUUGCAUGCUGAUAUUGGAGGAAAGGAACUUGGUUCCGAUUUCAUUCCGGAUAUUAAGGGAUAUGGGCGUGGAGAAAGGAGCUACGAAAUGCUCGGCGAGGGAGGGUCAGUCAUUUACUGCAGCUUCACUGGCGGUACUGGUAGCUGUGGGUCUCCCAGGUCAAUUCUGCAAUGCUGUUGGAGUGAGAAUGAGGAUGAGGAAGUGGAGAAGAAAUAG